GCCAUGUGCGCUCGCGUCAUAUCUGACGCGUCGCGCGCGCCUUCCCAGCGUGGCCCAAGCUGGGGCGCGCCCUCUGCCGCCGCGCCCCUGCCCAGCUCUGGGCUCGCCGCCCUACCCAGGGCGCGCCGCCGGAAGGGGCGGCCUGCGGGGGCAUGUCGGCCACGGAGGCGAGGGUGUCAUUCGCGCCGGGCACGCGGUCCUGCUGGGAGUUGCUCACCGGCGGCCAGCGAGAGAUGCCCGCGGCGGGGGCGAGGGUGUCCUUCGCCCCGGGCUCGCAGCCCUCCCAGGAGACGGCGCCGUGGCAGCGCAGCUCCCGACGCGGAAGGUGACUUUCGCGAGGAAGCACCUGCCCGACUGGAAGGUGGGACCCCGCUACGAGCUCGUCCGGAAGCUGGGCAGCGGGUCCUACGGCUGCGUCUGCGAGGCGCGCGACAGGGAGCGCGGGCGCCGCGUCGCCAUCAAGAGGACGCGGGACGUGUUCGGGGACCUCGUCACGUGCAGGCGCACGGCCCGCGAGGUGUGCAUCCUGGCCAUGCUGCAGAGGCACGAGAACAUCGUGCAGUUGUUCGACGUCGUCGCCCCCAUCGGCGAGGACGGUCUGUUCGACGAGGUCUGCUUGGUCAUGGAAGUCUGCGACUCCGAUCUCGGGCUGCUGCUCCGGAAGGACGUCGAGCUCUCACCGCACCAGGUUCGCAAGAUCCUCUACACGCUCUUGGUUGGCCUCAAGUACCUCCACUCGGGAGGCAUCUGGCACCGCGACCUGAAGCCCCACAACUGCCUCCUGAACGACGACUGGACCGUGAAGAUCUGCGACUUCGGGCUCGCCCGCGCUGCUGGGGGUCCUCGCCCACGGGCGCCAGCUGAGGCCAUCAGCGCGGAAGGCGCUGAGCGCCUGCCCAACCCGAGGCACGCGAAGGCCCACCGCGAGCUGACCAGCCACGUGUGCACCCGGUGGUACCGCGCCCCGGAGGUGAUCCUCCUGCAGGCCGACUACACCGCGGCCCUCGACCUGUGGUCCGUGGGCUGCAUCUUUGGGGAGCUGCUGGGCAUGCUCGGCUCCGGCAGGGCCCGCGAGCGCCGCGGCCCACUCUUCCCCGGCGACUGCUGCUACCCGCUGUCGCGGGACAACGAUUCGUCUCAGUCCUGUCGAAAGGCAGCAGCGCGCGAUCAGUUGGAGAUGAUCUUCGCCACAAUCGGGACACCGGCAGUGGACGAGCUGGACAAGCUGGACCACGCGGCCAGGCGGUACGUGCAGAAGUUUGGAUGCCGCAAGGGCCACGGGCUCCAGGCCAAGGUCCCCGAGGCGGACCCGGCUGCCUUGGAGGUGCUGGAGGCGACGCUGCGCUUCGGAGCUGCGAGGCGGGCGAGCGCCAGCGGGCUGCUCGAGCACGGGAUCUUCGCAGAGGUCCGGCGCAGAGCCACGGAGACCCGAUUGUGACUCCAGGAAUCCUGCACAUCAAGUUCGACCACGAGCCAGACAGCAUCGAGCGCCUCAGGGGGUUCAUCCUCAAGGAGGUGAGGAGGUUCCAGCCGGCCAAGGGCGAGUGCGACGCAGAUGUGAAGGACACUUCUGACACGACAUGUCCCCUUAGCCGUGCCAGGGGCUUACCCGAAUCAGCCAGGCUGGCGGUAGCCGCAGCGGCCGGAGCAUGAGCGGCGAGCCAUCUCUGGCUCUUCAUAGGGCACCGCGGCCGCACCUGCCAACGGCGUUUUGCGCAUGUCCCACAGCUUCUACUCCUCUGCGCCCGUGAUGGUGCCUCUGUGCUCCCUCCUCACCUCGUCACGCUCCCCGACCGUGCCGCUAUGCGCUUGCCUCUGCCGAAUUCGCUGGGAAUCCGCGAGCGGGCUCCCUCCCUGUCUCGCCGGGGUCCGCUCGCGCGCGCCGGGCUCGGGCACGCCGCUUGCCGCGGGUCGAGAGCUCGGCGGUGUGAGACAUGUCGCGCGCGUGCGCAAGUCUGCCUCGCCGGGAAGCUGCCGAGCCGCUUGCAGCAAGCGAGGGCCAGCCAGCACCCAGUACAAAAUCGAGGGCCCCCUGACGAGGCCUUUGUGUGUGUGCUUUUCCACAGGUUGUCAUUUUUGUUCCACAGAUUUGCUGUGUUGUCCACAUGCGGGCUGGCUGCAGGGAAGCGGCGGCGGCAGCGCCGCCGCUCCUCCUCCGUUGGGUGGC